CAAUCCGAGUAUUCCAGAAUCCAACGAGAAUGCAGAUGGAAAAGCAAAUAGCCCUAUCAGCAAUCCUUCCAGCAACGACCUUUCAUCAAAUGCUACAAAUCUGCCAAAUCCAAUAACAUCUGCUCAAGUCGCAUCAAAUUCAUCUAAAAGUACAAAAGCCGACAAUAAUUCCCCCGUCAUCAAUAAACAUUACUAUAAUCCGUCACUGCUACCUGCUGAUAACGAAAUUCCAGCGGAUAAUGCGGAUGAUACUGCGAAUGACUCUGUAGCGAACAAUUCUUCUACCUCUUCCGAUACCACGACUCAAACUGCGUUGUUCUCAUCUCCAAGUAAAAUACAUCAAAUUCAAGACCCAGUCGGACUAUCCACAGAAAAAGUCACCUCAGGCGCUCACCGAAAUAAUACAGGCUUAAUAAUUUAUGUG